CUAGUGGGGCUGCAGGCGGUAAGUGUGUCUGGAGCACAGUUGUCAUCAGAAGCAUGCCGAGAGCUGGGCUUCUCCAGUAACUUACUGUGCAGUUCUUGCAACCUUCUUGGGCAGUUCAGUCUGAAUCAGCUGGAUCCGUUCUGCAGGCAGUGCUGCCAGGAGGAAGCUCAGCUGGAAACCAGGAAGCUUUAUGCAGGAGCUGUCCUAGAAGUAUGUGGAUGAAAAUUGGGAAGGUUCCCUCAAGUCCAGGCUUUUGUCAGGAGCGAUAAGCCAAAACUCUUCAGGGGACUGCAAAUCAAGUAUGUGCGUGGUUCUGACCCUGUACUAAAGCUGCUGGAUGACAGUGGGAACAUUGCAGAAGAACUGAGCAUCCUCAAGUGGAAUACUGAUAGUGUAGAAGAAUUUCUAAGUGAAAAAUUAGAACGUCUAUAA